GGCGCCGAGCGUGGCCAACAGGUCUGAAGAUGGUGACGGAAUGCGACGUCCCAUAUGAGUGCAGCCCAGAAUUCUAUAGGGGAUAACUGAGAGAAUUCUGAGUAUAUCAAAUUACUACUCCCGCAUUCUGUCUGUAAAACCGUGAAAAGAAGGGAAAGAUGGAAGCGCCAAGGUUGCCUCCCCGCCGAACGCAGAAUAACGGAAAACGAGGGGAAGCCUCGAACGCAGGUUCAACCAGAAGCCUCGUUGCAACAUCAGCGACCGACCUUCAGCCAUCCCAGCAGCACGAACAGGGACCGCCAGUACGACGCCGGCCAAAAGAGGUGGAAGAGAUACUCUCUCGUGCCCCAAGCGUACCGUCGACUUGGCCGCCGGAGGAAGAGAUGGAGACACAUACCAGUCAUGAUGGGGGCCAGGAGGAAGUCGACGGGAUAGCGCUGAGACUCGCGGCUGUGGGUGUGGACGAUGCGCCUCAGCUGCCGCCUAGGAACGAUAAGUAUCGCGAGGCGUUUGGUGAUACCGUACCCAUCGACCAGCCCCCGCCGCCGUAUAAUGCGGAAUUCACGCCAAAAGUUGCGCAUUCUGGCGUUGCAGCUAGUGAGAAACGGCGAACCGUUAGCGAGACGCCAAGUCUGCCAAAUGUCACAGCUGGAGAACCGCAGGCUCCCGCGAUACAGGUCACACCCAUCGAAGGUGCCGAUACCGACGCUCCUACAGAAUCGCCGCAACCUGCAUUACACCGCCGAUGCUAUUCCGACAUUUCCACUGGAUCGCGCGAGAGUGAGCCGUCCGCGCCGCCAGAAGGUGCAGUGAAAGGCCCAGCAAAACCACCUCGGCAUACACAUCUCAACAGUCCAGACUGGCGGCUGAGAUUUGCGGAAACGCGGGGGCACGCUUCGGAUGUGGAGGUCCGUUCGUAUCCAGACGCGGAAGAUGAACAGGCAGAAAAGCUCGAAGCGAUUGUUCCGCUUGAGCCGGAGGUGGGAACGAAAGUAGCAGAAAGCAGCGGCAAUGGUAAUAACAAUGGGCCACCAAGUCCAGGUCCCGGUCCUGGCCCUGGCCCAAGCGGCAAUGGAUCUCCCUACUUCCCCCGAUCAAGCACCAAUCUCUCCACCGCACCCAUCGAGUAUCCCACCCUCAGCCACGCACCCGCCCGCAACCCACUCCACCCCGAACCGACCUGGGUGGAACUCCGCGAAGAAUGGGAACCCGGCAUGGACCCCUCCUUUGGCUCGCGUGCAAAGAUUUCGAGUUUGUUCACGGGAAAGGGGUGGAAGGAGACGCCGUGGAAGAAGGUGUGGAUAGAAUUGGUACCGGAGGAUGGGUGGAAACUUGUGCUGUAUGAUGUCGUGAAGGUUCGUGCGGCGAAUGGGGAGACUGCGUACCAGCGGAAGAGCAAUACACCUCCAGUACAGGUCCUGAGUCUACGGUAUUCCAGCGUUACGCCGCCUCGGACCGGGUACGGCUCGAGCAGACCGGACAUUUUGUGCAUACGACUCGUGAGUGGGAGAUAUAUUGUCCUCUCCUUCCCGUCGUCUACGUCGCGGUCAGCUUGGUCGAAAGGUGUGAAGUCUGCCGUGGAGAUGGCGACACGAGCGCCACUUCAACGGGGAGGUGGUUAGAAAGAAGAACCCGUCCCACAAGCAUAUGCAACACAGACAAAUCAUAGCGCAAACGUAAACCAGUGGCUCCUUUCUCCUAACUGAGAUGGCAAAUGG